AUGAAGACGCAGCUCUGUGGUUUCAGGUUGGAGCGUCUUCCUCCUCAGCAGGAAGUUGCUCGUCUGACUGUGAGUCCCAGCAGCUCUCAGUUCUUUAAAGGAGACUUUGUGCCUCUGAGCUGUGAGGAGGACGACAGCUCUGCUGGAUGGACUCUGAGGAGAAACACAAGCAAACAACAGAGGACUCAGUGUGGAGAUGGGUGGGGAGAAGGAGCUGGUUCUUCAUGUAACAUCACUGUAUUCCCUCAUGACAGUGGAGUUUACUGGUGUGAGUCCAGAGAGGGUCCCAUCAGUAACAUGGUUAACCUGACAGUCACUGGUGGAUCAGUGAUCCUGCAGAGUCCUGUCCUCCCUGUGAUGGAGGGAGAUGACGUCACUCUGCUCUGUAAAACAAAGACCACUCCCUCCAACCUCCCAGCUGCUUUCUAUAAAGAUGGCUCCCUCAUCAGGAAGCAGCCUACAGGUCACAUGACCAUCCAGCAUGUUUCCAGGUCUGAUGAAGGCCUCUACAAGUGUGACAUCAGCGGUCAUGGAGAGUCUCCAUCCAGCUGGAUCACUGUCACAGGGGAACACACCACCACACCUCCACCUACAUCCACACCUCCACCUGCAUCUACCCCUGUUCCGGCUGCAGUGAGAACAUAA